AUGGCUGAUUUCAACGCAACCGAUCCCAGAGUCGGGUCUGCCCGUGACAAUUCCACGAGCCCUGGGCUCUCACGUAUUGCCCAGGGCACAAACUCAUCCUCGACAAGCGAUCUGGUCGCGACACUUGUACCUGUCCUCAUUCUCUUCGGCGUGUGUCUGAUCAUCUUCGUUUUCGCCCGCCGAAAAUUCAGUCGGGUCUAUGCCCCGCGAAGUAUUUUGAAGAGCCUCGAGCCACAUGAACGAACCGCGCCGCUCUCGACGGGAUGGUUCAAAUGGGUCUCGGAAUUCUAUCGCAUACCAUCGAGGCAUGUGCUGAAUCAUUCCUCAAUCGACGGCUACUUUCUCCUUCGCUUUCUAAAGGUAUUGGGAGUGAUAUGUCUCGUUGGUAUCGCCCUGUUAUGGCCAAUCCUCCUCCCACUUCAUGCGACAGGAGGAGCAGGGAACCGGGGUUUGGAUCAAUUGACGCUCGGUAACAUCAAGAAUCCGAAACGAUUGUACGCCCAUACGCUACUAGCAUGGGUCUAUUUCGUCUUCAUUCUGUAUAUGAUUUCCAGAGAAUGCAUCUUCUAUAUCAAUCUCCGACAAGCCUAUCUGCUCUCGCCCUUCUACGCCGACCGGCUCUCGUCGCGUACGGUCCUCUACAUGAACGUACCGCGCCAGUACCUCGAUGAAGAACGACUGAGAUGGGUUCUUGGAAAGUCUGUCAAGCGGAUAUGGAUCCCUCAAGGCUCCAAAGAACUCGAAAGACUGGUCAAGGAACGGGAUGAAACUGCCAUGCGACUUGAGAAGGCCGAGUUUUCUCUCAUCAAGAUGGCAAAUGCGGCUAGGACAAAGACACUUAAGAAGGGAAAGUCGGAAAAGGAUCAAGCCCAGGACGAGCAACGUGGCACCCCCGGACUGAAACCGACGUCCGAAGAGAUGCGCAGAGAGUCCGCGGCCGCGUCUGACGGAUCAAAGACAAUCCAAGUGUCUGAGAGUCCAAACUCCCCCAGCACCAUGUUCAGCUCCAGCACCGAUGACAAAACGGAACUAACCCUACCGGACGUCAACGGCUCCGUGGCAGGACAAUGGCUCUCGCACAGUUCUCGCCCGCAUCAUCGACCCAUAGCGAACUACGGUCGCCGGGUCGACACCAUCAAGUGGACGAGAAAUCAGAUCAAGAAACUGAAUUCCAAAAUCAAUGUCGUCCGUCGCCAUCAACUCUUUCGUCCACAGACCAUGAUGCCUUCUGUCUUUGUCGAAUUCGAAACGCACACCGCCGCCCAGAACGCUUACCAGACCCUCACACAUCAUCGGCCUUUGCACAUGUCUCACCGUCUGAUCGGCGUACGGCCUUGCGACAUCAUCUGGCCGUCAUUGCACAUGGCGUGGUGGGAAGCCAUUGUGCGAAAGUUCUCCAUACGCGCCGCCAUCACGGCAAUGAUCAUUUUCUGGGCCAUUCCGUCAGCGGCCGUGGGGACGAUCUCUAACAUUUCAUACUUGUCCACAAAAGUCCCUUUUUUGCACUGGAUCAAAGAUCUACCAGAUUCGGUAAAGGGUUUGAUCAGCGGUGUGUUGCCUGCCGUGGCACUUUCAUUGCUCAUGAGUAUCGUCCCGGGCAUAUUGAGAUAUCUGGCACGACUAUCUGGAGUCCCGACUCUCACCAGAGCGGAGCUGUUCGUCCAGCACGCAUACUUUGCAUUCCAAGUCAUCCAAGUCUUCCUCAUCACGACAUUAACGUCCGCAGCGUCCGCUGCCGUCACCAAGAUCAUCGAGGACCCCACGACAGCCAAAUCGCUAUUGUCCCAGAACUUGCCCAAGGCUUCGAACUUCUACCUGUCAUAUUUCCUCGUUCAGAGCUUAGCUAUUGGCGCCAUCGCUCUCGCCCAACCAUAUACCUUGUUUAAAUUCCAUAUUCAGCAGAAAUUCCUGGCGAACCCACGAAAGAUCUAUACGCGCUGGCACAGACUACAGAGAGUCCACUGGGGCUCGGUGUUCCCAGUUUACACGAAUCUGGGCGUCAUCACACUAAGCUACGCCCUUAUCGCCCCUGUGGUUCUCGGCUUCGCUGCUAUCGGCGUUGGCUUUCUGUACGUCGUCUACCGCUACAACCUAAUGUUCGUGUACGACGCCGAAAUCGACACCAAGGGUCUCGUCUACCCCCGCGCCCUCUUACAGUUGAUUCUGGGCCUGUACUUCUCCGAAGUUUGCAUGAUCGGGCUCUUCUCGCUCCGGGGCGGUCUAGGUCCCGUGGCACUAACUGCGGCUUUGCUAAUAAUAACGGUCCUUGUGCACGUUUCAGUGCUCGACGCUGUCCGCCCGUUCCUGAGCAGCCUUCCCCGAACCUUGACCGUCGAAGAAGACAAACACAGCCUUUUCCCGCCGGAGAGCGAAUCGGCUGGGCCGCGCACCUACGAAGAACCGGCGUGGCUGCGAAACCUUGAGAGAUAUUCGGACGAAGAAGACGGGCCAGUCCACGAGCCAGGGGCAACCAGGGCGGUCGAGGGAGCGAGUGGAGCAGCCGACGCUCUCAAGACUGGCAUCAUCGACGUGGUCAAGAAGAAACUCAACAAGGACCAUCCGGAGAUACGCACGCAUUUAACGAGCACUUCGUCGUUCUUCAGACGAUGGAUCAAGCCAGAGCUCGGGCAGAAGUCGAACUGGCUCAUACGAUGGCUCCACCCGGAGGUGUACGCCGACUAUACUGUUCUGCGGGGGUGGGUGCCUGAAGAUCUUCCCGAGCCCAAAUAUCCAGACGAGAUCGAGGAGAACAUAUACCUCCCGCCUUCGAACCUGGGGAAACCGCCUACGCUGUGGAUACCCAAGGACCCCGGCGGGAUCAGUAAGCAGGAAGUGGCCCAUACGGGGAAAGUCAUCAGUGUCACUGACGAGUACGUGACCAUCGACGAGAAUGGGUGUGUCAAGAUCAAUCUGGACGAACCGAGGCUUGUCUUUGACAUUGAUAGGUUGAGGUAUUGA